ACCUAAUGAUCGAGAUAUCUCAUCUCUCUCAUGUCACUGAACAGCAGAUUUUUUUAUCCAUAAACAAGCCAAUGAUGCCAUACGCAGAGGCGCAAAGCUCUUAACAUAUAAUGCCAAAAUAGGUACAGUAUCAUAAAUGGAAGCCCCACAAAAAUGACCUAAGCUGCUCUCCAUCUGAGAGAUUCUAGCUCAAUCUCCACAUUUUAUAGCCAUCAAUGGCUAGACCCAGAAACCCAAAAAACCCAAUGAAGGAAAUCCAACAAGACCAGAACAAAAAGGUCCAAAAAUUGGAGAUAACAGGUUCCUGGAAGGCAAUGAGAGGAUUUUUCACCUCUAAAUACCUCCAACCUCAGCAACAGCAGAAGCAAGAGAAGCAGAAGCCAGAGAAGCAAAACAAAGAGCAGAAGCAGCACCGGCAAGAACAAGGUACAGAGGAAGGUAACAAGAAAUGCAAGAAAAUGAAGUGUUCAGGGUCAUUAUGCAGCAAUACCAAGGUCAUGCACAGGCCUGAAUCAUCCCCUGAAGUCCAGAGGAAGAGGGCUUCUUCUAUGGGUUCAAACAAUGAAUCCUCUAGCAGGUCCAUGAAAACUCCUUUACAUGAACUCAAUGGGGUUGUUUCUUCAACAAAUUCUUCGCUCUCUGUAUCUUCUAAUUCCUCCAUUGGAGGGUCUUUUAGAGGAAUGCCAUUCAGAAGAUUCUCUGGCUGUUAUGAGUGUAGAAUGGUGGUUGAUCCUGUUCUUGGAUUCACUAGAGACCCUUCUCUGAGGACCACCAUUUGUUCUUGUCCUGACUGUGGUGAGAUCUUCAUGAAACCUGAAAAUCUGGAACUUCAUCAAACUGUUAGACAUGGAGUUUCUGAACUGGGACCAGAGGACACAAGCAGGAACAUAGUGGAAAUCAUAUUCCAAUCAAGCUGGCUAAAGAAACAAAUCCCAGUUUGCAAAAUAGAUCGAAUCCUCAAAGUCCAGAACACACAAAGAACCAUCUCCAGAUUCGAAGAAUACCGAGAUUCCAUCAAAGCAAAGGCCAACAAACAUUCAAAGAAACACCCAAGAUGUAUAGCUGAUGGCAAUGAACUCCUCAGGUUCCACUGCACCACCUUCACAUGCUCACUAGGGCUAAAUGGUUCAUCUAACUUGUGCAAUUCAAUCCCAAACUGCAACGUUUGUAGCAUUAUCAAGAAUGGGUUCAAGAUCCCUGAAGGGUCCACCGGUGAAGGUGCCAAUGUGAAUGGAAUUUUAACCACCGCGACAAGCGGCAAGGCCGACGACAAGGCUGAAGCAGAGGAUGGUAAUGACAAGAGGGCAAUGCUGGUCUGCAGGGUGAUUGCAGGGAGGGUAAAGAAGGGCAUGGAAGGAAGCAUGGAUGAGUAUGACUCAUUGGCUGGUGCUGAGGGUUUAUACUCUAAUUUGGAUGAGUUGUAUGUGUUUAAUCCUAAAGCUAUUUUGCCUUGUUUUGUUGUUGUCUAUUAGUGAUUGCUUUUGAUCAAUUCUACACUUUCUCAUUUGAUCUAUUAUCCUGUAAGAAAAUUUCUGCA